CAGAUGGCUGCAUGAAAUCAACAACCGGUUGGAACAAGUGCAAAAGAGUAAGGUGGUUAUGCUUGUGAGAAGUCAGCGUCUUACGUGAACAAUUUAAUAAAACAUACGCAUUGAAGCGCGGUUAACAUCGUUUUCGAUCGCCUUUCGAAAUUGGUUUUAUCGUUCGUGACGUUACGAUUUGGAAGCUGCAAGGGCAAACACGAUUCGCUGUUUGAGAAUGAGCACGAACAAUGUGCAGGCACUUUUUGCGUGCUCAAGAUGUUUCUCCAGGCAUCCUUUCGAGGAGCUUUCGCCAGGACAACAAUUAUGCAAGGAAUGUAGAGGCGCAUUCCCUGUUGUGAAAUGCACAUACUGUAGAUCGGAAUUCCAACAGACGAUAAAAGGAAAUACAAGUACCAUAUGUAAAAAGUGUGAACAAAAUGUCAAGUCAUAUGGAAAACCAUCAGCGUGUGAAUAUUGCAACACAAUUGCUGCAUUUAUUGGCAGUAAGUGUCAACGGUGUACUAACUCUGAAAAACGUUAUGGUCCUCCAGUCACUUGCGAGCAAUGCAAACAAAAGUGUGCCUUUGACAGACAGGAUGAAGAUAAAAAGGUUGACGGCAAAUUGUUAUGUUGGCUAUGUACUCUGUCAUAUAAGCGGGCCUUGGCUAAGACAAAACAGUCAGAUGCAGAGAGGAGAGCACAUAUGAAACUGGCUCAACAACGGGCCGCUAAACACAAAGAACAAAAAUUAAAAGGUCACAAUAAGAGGCCACACAGAGUUGAUGUCACAAAGCUACCACCACAAUCGGAAGGAGGGGAUACGAAUGGCCCUACUCCGGUUAAAGCGGCACGAAUGGCCGGUGUACAUGAUCCCCACGAUCCAAACAGUUCGGAUCAUGUGGUCGCAGUUACACAACUCAAAGAGAAAAUAGCUCAUCUUCAGAAACAAAUCAGUAUCAAAGAUGGACAACUCCUAGCUAAAGACAGACAGAUAACGGAAUUAAAGGCAAAAAAUUUUACAUCCGAGACAGAACUACGUAAUAAAAUGAAAGCAACUGAAAAAGAAUACGAAGCUAAAAUAUCUAAUAUGCAACAUAAGAUAUCCAGUUUAUUAAAAGAAGUUGCAUCGUUAUCGAAGACAUCCAAACGAGGUGACAGAGUAGCUGCUACUAAGACUGAAGCUGGGACCAACAGUGGAAGUGGAACAGACAGCCCUGUACCUUGAUAAGGAACUUCGUUAGCUGCAACAACAUACUCGAAUGCCCAUAACUUCAUAAAUCAUGUGGUACAUUACGAAUAGUUAAUUGUUUCCAUUAAUAAAACAAAAUUGUAUUAUUUUUCUAAUUACUAUAGGAAUGUAUACCAUCUUCGAUGUAUACAUGAAAGUCUUGUUUACUCCUUGUGCGGGAGGACGAGUGCGUGUAAAAGUUAUAUAUAAGUUAGAUAGUCUUUUUCUUAAAUAAUUCGCGAGUGACAAUUCUGCUUACAUGCAAAAUAAGUUUUUGUCGUGGAAGAAAGAAAUUUUGAAGAAUUUAAGCAACGUCUCCCAGGAUUAAAAAGCGAUUUUUUUUAUGUUCUCGAACGAAAUAGCGUUAAAAAAUAAAAUAAAAUAAAUAAAUAAAUAAAUAAAUAAAUAAAUAAAUAAAUAAAUAAAUGAUGUUAUAUGUGAAUAGAUUGUAUGAAUUGAAUGAUACGGCUCUCGUAACAUUUUCUUAUUUAUAAUAACAAUAAUGUAACGAAAAUGAGCCAAGAUAUGGUGAUUGUGUAGGUCAAUUUACAAUAAAACAUUUAAAAGCAUUCA